AUGAUUGCCAAGUCGAUGAACAUCACAGGAAUUCAAUUCGGAUGGAUUGCAAGCAUCAUGGCUGUAGGUGCAGCUUGCUCGCAGAUCUUGAUUGCAAUAUUCAUGGAUUUGGCUGGAAGACGAUGGUCUUUCGUAAUAUUCUCCGCGCUGACCGUCUCCUCCUGGGUCGUCCUCAUAGUCCUGAACAAUUUCUACGGUUUGAUAGCCGGAAGAUUCCUGUUGGGCCUCUUCGCUGGUGGUUUUUGUGUAGUUGCACCAACCUACAUAGCGGAGAUUACACACAAGUCCAUCAGAGGUGCCGUCUCCGUAGGAUUCCAGCUGCUGCUCACCAUCGGCAUUCUCUACUCUUACAUAUUCUGCGCUUUUAAAAACUUGUGGGCUUUAAAUCUAUGCUGCAUCGUACCACCGAUUGUCGUCCUCGUGGCAUUCGUUUUCCUCAAGGAGACGCCAGUGUAUUUGAUGAAAAAUAACAACGAGUCGGAUGCAGUUAAAGUGCUGCAGUUCUACAGAGGCAAGGACUACGAUGUGACUCAAGAGAUGAACGAGAUUAAAUUGCUUACGGCCAAGGACGACUCGAAGUUCUGUCGCGCGCUCAAGAAGAAAUCUUGCAUCAAAGCAUUUCUGAUGCUUCUAGGGAUGCACGUAGUUCAACAGCUUAGCGGCAUCAACGCUGUCAUGUUUUAUGCGGAGAGUAUUUUUAUGGAUACACAUACAUUCGUUGAUGCCUGCUUAUCUCAAGUUGUCCUCGGUAUAGUCCAGGUCCUUGCCACAGGAUUGUCAGCUGCGAUUGUCGACCGAGUCGGACGAAAGAUCCUUUGGUAUGUCUCCUUAUUUAUCAUGGCUGUAUGUCUCAUACUAGUUGGAAUUUACUUCCAAAUUCUGGCCAACGACGAGGAAAUUGCGAAACGGAUCGACCUGCUUCCCGUCUUCUCCAUCUUCAUAUACAUAAUUGGAUUUUCGCUCGGAUGUGGACCUCUACCAUGGGUCAUGAUUGGGGAACUGAUCCCAACCAGAGUCAAAGCCUUCGUCGCUAUGACCAUAGCUGCACUUAACUGGAUGCUGGCCUUCGUCAUAUCGCUUACAUAUCCGAUACUGAAAGAUAUAAUGGGCAAUUACGUUGUAUUCUAUAUGUACGGUGUUGUAUCCGUUCUAGGAAUCGUCUUCGUAUGGUAUUGCGUUAUCGAAACUAAAAAUAAGUCUCUGAAGGAAAUCCAAGAACAACUUGAGGCUAAAAAUGAUGAGAAAGAAAUUAAGAAAUAA